AUGAUGUCCCAAGCCCGCAACUUCUUUCAACGUUUCCCACCAGCAGAAUGCCUUGCGCUGCUAAUCGCGACUCUCGAGCUCGUCCCGUUCGGGAUUGCAGGUCUUAAUAAUCCGAUAGCAUUCGCAGAUGGUUUCGGCCUGCCUCUUCUACCUAGCUCUAGCACACCCUCGAGUACAUCAAAACAAAGCGCAGAUGAACCAUUCACAGGAUCUACAACGCAGUCCUCAUCAAUGACCCUCACCCCGUCCGAAGAAGAUCAGAAGACAAAGAAGGCAUUGGUGGCCGCGAUCGCAGCGCGCAAUGUACAGAAUGGCAUUUUGCUGUUCACUUUUGGUCUCGUAUUAAGAGAUCGGAGAAGUCUGGGUGUGACUGUCGCGGCGGGUCUGAUCACCACACUUGCUGAUGCGGUGAUCGUCAAUGCUUACGGCGCGAAGAACAAAAUUGCGGGUCAUUAUGUCGGAGUGUUCAACAGCCUUGCAAUUGGAGGAAGCUUGCUUUACUGGGGACGCCACGACCCCCUCUGGUAA